CCAAUCCACGUUGGCUUCGACCCCCACACUUUCCCACCUCAGGUAGUCAGGUUCUUGCCACCCAAACACCAACCCAGAUUGACAACCCAACGCCCCAAUAUAAAUCCCUUCACUUUCCCAUAACCCCUUAAUCCCUUAUCGCGCGCUAUGGUGUCCACGGCACUACGCCCCUUUACCCAUCACGCUCACCUCUCUACCAACCACCGUAUAAACCGCAGCCCCAUAAAAGAAUGAUGGUUUCGGUUUUCAUGGCCCUUUUGCUACCGUGCGCCGGCACGAGCGUGGUGUUCGUACUCUACAUCUGCCUCUUAUGGUACACGACGAACCGCCAGAGUGAGCCACCGUUAUCGGUCAAGCCGGUGGCCGAGAACGGGCUGUCGGCGUCGGAGCUGGACAAGCUGCCCAAGGUGACCGGGAAAGAGCUGGUGUUGGGGACGGAAUGCGCUGUUUGUCUUGACGAGAUUGAGAGCCGGCAACCGGCUAGACUGAUUCCCGGUUGCCACCACGGGUUCCAUGUACAGUGUGCGGACACCUGGCUUUCUAAGCAUUCGGUGUGUCCUGUGUGCAGGGCCAAGCUUGAGCCUCAGCUCUUCAAUGGCCCUGAAAAUCCGUGCUAAGAAGUUUGAAUUAAUAUGUAUGUUUAUUGUUAUUCGUUAAUUUUUUUUUGUUGAUGAUUAUGUUUGAUCCCGAAUGCUUUUUCUUGCACACCAUGAUCUGAUUAUGUUUUGUUUAAUGAUUAAGGUAUAUAUUUCUGAGCGUGACUGGUUAAA